AUGGCGUCCAAGCAACAGCGCGCCCGUCGCCAGACUGCGCCAUCGGGUCCGCCGCGCAAGCCGGCCCCCAAUGAGACACUGACGAGUCUCGAGACAACACAAGAGAAAUCCCCCGGUCUGCUCAAGUGGGAGAUCCCAAGCUGGAACAAUGAGCUGGAGUUCUCCCAGUGGCUCAAUGGGAUCAAGGAUGACCUGGUCGAGGAGAGCUACAAUGAGUACCAGAGCUGCUUGGAUGAACUGCAGCAAUCAAAGGAUCACAUCGACGAGAUCCUGAUGAGCACCCUGACCCUCCUCGACGAUCUUUCCAGCUUGUCGCAGCAAUUCAAGGCCGUGGAGUUGCAGACAUCCAACUUCGAAAAACAGUGCGAGGGACUUUUGUCUGCGCAGGACCGAGACCUGCAGCUCGCCAAUGGCAUCCAGACCAACCUCCAUUACUAUGAUUUCUUGGAUCCCGCUUCACGACGGCUCAACGCUCCAGGGGCUGGAAACACUGUUCGCAAUCACGAGUUCUCCGAUAUGCUGAGACGUCUCGAUGUGUGUUUGGAUUACAUGGAAACUCACCCGGAGCAAAAGGAAGCCGAGGUAUAUCGCGCCAGAUACCGGUUACUUUUAACGCGAGCCCUCACCCUGAUCCGCGGCAACUUUGUUGCAUCACUCCGAGAAGUUUAUCAGAGUGUCUCGAAGAAGCUGUCAGACCAGUCGCUGAACGACACUGCCAUGUCGGCUCUUCUUUAUGCCAAAUUCAGAGUUGGGGCACCCGAGUUAAAGCAAAUCGGACUCGAGAUCCAGAAAAGAGCCGUUCCGCCACUCAAUCCCGACCAGAACAAUGAGGCGGAAUACCAAAGCCUGAUGAACGAACUGCACACCAAUUACGCCAAUACUCGAGCACGAUUGAUCAUACCGCUUGCUCGCCGGAAACUGGGCGAGAUUGCGCAGACGCCAAGCUCGACCAAGGACCUUGUUGCAUUUGCGCGGGCGAGUAUCAGUUACAUUCGUGGUAUGUGCUUGGACGAAUUUGAUUUGUGGGGGGAGUGGUUCCAUGGCUAUGGCGGAUUGUACGAUUUCCUGGAGACAAUCUGCGAGCCGCUCUAUGAUCACCUGCGCCCCAAGAUCAUCCAUGAGAACGACAUUGUCAAGCUCUGUCAACUCUGCACCCUUCUCCAGACGCGGUACUUCCUGGAUCCGGAGGACGAAACCGAACAAGUGGAUGCAAACCAUCUGGAUUUCUCCAGUUUGAUCCAACCGGCCCUGCAAGAUGUACAGACACGCCUGGUUUUCCGGGCCCAGGCAUCCCUCCGAGAUGAAAUUGAGCGGUACAAGCCUCGCCCGGAAGACAUUGACUAUCCGAUGCGCAAUCGCCAGGUGUCUCUUACCGUGACAGACACGCAAAUCUCGGGCAAGAAAGAUACAUCUGCAAAUGCCUUGAUGACGACAGCUGGCGGCAAGCAAGGCGAUGAUACAGAUUCUCAACAGGAACUAGACGGGAAAUGGGACUUUGAGACCCAGACCGCACUCAAAGGGUGGUAUCCCACACUUCGAAAAGCGAUAUGGCUCCUCAGCCGGAUAUAUCGCCUUGUUAAUUCCCAAGUCUUCGACGAUCUCGCGCACCAAAUCGUGCACCAAACCACCCUAUCCCUUCACCACGCCAGCUCCCUCAUUUCUAACAAAUCCGCCCCCGCCGACGGCCAACUCUUUCUCAUGAGCCACCUCCUCAUCCUCAAACAACAAAUCGUCGCCUUCGACAUCGAAUACGUCGCCCCGGAAGUCUCCUUCGACUUCUCAGGCGUCACAAGUACAUUCUGGGAACUUCGCGAACGGGGCGGUCUCUUCAAUCCACGCAACCUGAUGCGCCUUGUCGGUCACGGUCUUGUCCCACGAGUCGUGGAGAACAUGCUCGACGCCAAGGUCGAGCUAGACGGGCGUCUCCGUACGGUUAUCAACGACUUCAUCAACGCCUUCGCCGCACGCAUGACCGCCUCCCUGCCCGCCAAAUUCGUCGACACGCGCAACCUGCAGCGCGGCGAGCUCAUCCAUCCAUCCUGUCGCACGAUCGAGAAAGAAGUCCCCAUCCUCCGCAAUAUCCUGAAUGAGUAUAUCGAUGAUACUCGGAUGAAAGAAACUCUUGUUGGCGCCGUGCAGGACCGCACGAUCCAGAUCUACGAGGAUUUCUUUGAUAAGUACACUUCCUCGGAGAAGGGCAAGGGCUUUCCCGUCAGUAAAAAGGGCAAGGGGCGGGAGGAUGCUGUCUGGGACGUCGAAACCUUUGCAGAGUGGUGCGAGGGGGUGUUCAGGGUCGGCGUCGCUGGUCUUCAGUCUGAGAGCGCUGACCUGGGCGAGGAUGAUGAUGAUCUUUCGAGCCGGACUUCAUAG